AACUUUGAUUCAGCUGUAGCCCAGGCUAGCAGCCACCUCUUUCCUCAGUCAGAGCACAUUCUACAACUUGGACAAUGCGGGACAAGACUCUGCAGUUCCUGAGCUUUACGUGAACCCUUAGAAGUGUUCGAGCUGCUGGGACUGACUCUGAAGCUGUACCCUCAGGUUUAACAGACAACACAACCUCAGGACUUCAGGAAUGACUUCAUACCCAAAUAUUUAUGAGAAUUACUUGCCUGAGAACGUUCAACCGCCUGCAAACAGUAACACACCAGGACCAUAUCCUCCGCCACCUUAUCCCAACCCAGGAGGAUACCAGAUCCCACCUUAUCCUGGCACUGGAUCUUACCCAACACAGCCAUACCCUAAUGCAGGAGCGGGAACAUACCAACCCUAUUACAUUCCUUCUGCGGGCCCCAAGCAUCCUCCAACUCAAGUCAUCCAGAGUAAUGUCCCACACAGAAAGCCCGGAGGUAUCUGUAAUCCAAAGAGGAAGACUUACUGUUGUAUCAUUUCUCUCUUCUUGAUUUUAUCUGUGCUGGGAAUUGGAGCUUGGAUCAUUUUUAAAUUUGUGAAGGACAUUCCGACUACCAACAUUAGCCAUUCGUGUUCAUCCAGAGUGACCAGGUGUGAUGGAGUCCGUGAGUGUACAGACAACAGCGAUGAAGUGGGCUGUGUGAGAUUCCAAGGGUCCAGCUCACAACUCGAGGUCUAUGGGUGGAAAUCCCAGCAAUGGUUACCCGUUUGUUACACAGCCUGGAACACAUCUUUGGCAGACAAGACGUGUCGACAACUGGGGUUCAGGAGUUCUUUCCAGUCUGGGAAAACAAUCAAUGAUCAGUCUUCAAGCCUUGUGGUCAACUCAACAAAAUCAGGAACAAAAAUACAAAGCCUCUUGAGCAGCAGUGCGCAAUGUUCUACCAGAGAUACUGUUUCUCUCAAAUGCAUUGACUGUGGCAAGAAGAUCAAAACCUCCACAAGAAUUGUGGGUGGAGUCCCAGCUCAGUUGGGGGAGUGGCCUUGGCAAGUUAGUCUCCAUUACAAGUCAAGACACGUCUGUGGUGCAACGAUCAUCUCACAGGACUGGAUCAUCACCGCAACCCAUUGCUUCUUCGAAGAUGAUAGCUAUCAGCCGAUUUAUUGGAGAGUAUACAGUGGUUUCAUUUCCCAACGGGAACUAUACAGAGCCACUCUCCGUUCUGUGUCGAGGAUUGUUGUUCACAGCAGAUACAGCUCAGACACCAAUGACAAUGACGUUGCUUUGAUGAAGCUCUCAAAUCCUCUGCAGUUUACAGAUAAAAUUAGACCUGCCUGUUUGCCAACCUAUGAUCAACAAUUUCCAGACGGGAUAGGCUGUUGGAUUACAGGAUUUGGUCACACAGAGGAAGAUGCACGUUUGAUCUCCGACAGACUUAUGGAAGCUUCAGUCAACAUAAUUGGCACUAGGACCUGCAACCAGAGAAACCUUUACAACGGCGCAAUAACAGACCGUAUGGUCUGUGCUGGUAGAAUCUCUGGGGGAGUUGAUCCUUGUCAGGGUGACAGUGGUGGGCCUCUUGUAUGUGAAGUAUCUGGUACUUGGUACCUGGCGGGAGUUACGAGUUGGGGGAUUGGCUGCGCUCGGAUAAACAAGCCAGGAGUUUAUGCCCGGGUGACACAAUUCACCGACUGGAUCUUCUCACAGAUGGAGGCUAACAGCAACUAAUGAAAAGGAUGGGCUUUGACCACACAUUGGGUGUGAUUGAGGUUGGCGCCUCUGAUUUAUGCUGCUUUUCCAAAAGACUGUCACUGGGGAUUUUGGAUUUCCCCCAAAGCUCGUUAAAGUACUGUAUAUGUUUAAUGAAAAAUAGAGAUGGUAACUGUAUAAAAUGUGUAUUUGCUUAGUCAAUAUAGAGAAAAAUGAUUCAUUAAUCAUUAGAUGAUACAGAUCUCAACCCAGUCUUAAGAUAAUCAAAACUUUCCUGACCAUGACUAUUAUCUUAAGUCGUGUUAUUUCAGGAACUUUCUCAGAUCCUCAUAGUUUCUGAGGGUUAAAAUCUCAAAGACUCUGUGUGUGCACUGGCUGCACAUUAAGUUAAGAUUACAAUUUAAGAAUUGCUGCUUUGGGCUCAAUCCAGUGGCAGUAUGCACCCAAGAUUGCACCUGGUUUGCAAAAUGUAUAUAUAUCUAAAUAUAUAUUCUCAGGUUUCCAUCAAAUGUUGCCAAAUUUAAAAGAACACCCUGCUGUGAACAAAUACAAUCUGGCAGGAAUUUUAAAAAAAUGUUUGCUAUAAAAAUAUUCCUUGAUUUAUUUAAUAAUUGAAAUUUGGUGCAAUUUGGUUACUGAAAAUGUGUUGCUCACAAACCAAAGAAUUUUUAAUCAGGUUAUCCAUCAUCUGUGAAUAACCUGAUUUUUAAAUGAGCAAAUAUGACUGUUAACUUAAACAGGAACUACUUGCUUGACGCUUUGGGGUACAGUAGUCAGUUUCUUAGUUUUUUUAAAAAAAGUAAAUAUUUUAUAAAGUUUCUAAAAUGUGCAAUUAGUAUUCUGCACUCAAAAGAACUAUUUAAUUGCUGUAGCCACCUUGAAAUCUCACAGUGAUGCACAAUUGACAGCAACUUGCCAUGGUGAUACCUUAGAUCUGGGGUGUGGCCAACGUCAUGUGGGGGGUAGGUGUUGUUUGAGCUGGUGCAAAGAAAACUCACAACAAACCAAUUUGUGCUUAAAGUUCUGCCAUAUUUUGAGAACUUUAAGCGCAAAUUGGUUUAUUGUGAUAUUUUUUGCUAACAUGUCGUUGGCCACACCCUAGAUCUAAGGUAUCACCAUGGCAAGGUGAAAUGCAUUUAAUGAAGAGAAAGGAAUCUUAUAAAAACGUAUGAAUAUUCUGCCAGCACCACCCUCUUAACAUGUCAUGGCAACGCCUAAUCCCAUUCCAAUUAUGUUAGUGCGAUAUAAUUAAGCUUCACAAGUUAAACAAUUACAAUAGAGGAGGAUGGAAUUACAGAAACAGGAGGAAGCCAUUCAGCACUUCAAGAGAAUUCAUUAAUCAAUGGGUGAUACAGAUCUCAAUCUGGUUUUAAGGUUAUCAAACCUCUCCUGACCACGACCAUCAUCUCAAAUGAUGUAAUUUCAGGAAUUUUCUCGGAUUCUCAUGGUUUCUGAGGGUUAAAAUCUCAAAGAUUCUAUAUGUGCACAUUCAGUGAAAUCCUGAGCUGUAUCUUAACCCCAUUUACUCACCUCAGUCCUAUACCUUUUAAGAAUCUUAGCCUGCAAAAAUCUCAUAAUCUCAUUUUCAAUAUUUAUUAAUUGAGCCAGCUUCUGCACCUUUACCAUCCCUCACAUGAAGGAGGAUUUAAUCUCUUCUAUCCUAAUGGCCUUGCUCUUAUUUCAUUGACAGUCCACUCCCCUCGGGUUAACUCAAGUCUUCAAUUUGGCGCACUUAGCUAAUGUACUGAGAAGUAUAAAAUCUACAACAGAUUAUGCACUAAUUUUGUUAAGUUCUUUUGAGGUAUUUCCCUGUGAUUUCUAAUUGCUGAAUAUAAGACAGAAAAGAAUGUUUUCUUAAAAGAAAUGGAAGAAUCUAAUGAUUGGAGGUUGAGUCCUUGGCCUCUGAAAACAGUUUAUAAAAUACUGAUCUGCAUCCAUCGAGUGCCAAUAACUCCUGGAAACCAAUCAGAACAAUAUGUUUGAAGUGAAUCUGAUCAAACAUGAAUAAGGAUAUAAUUCUGUUUUUUUUAUUGUAAUUAUGAAGAUGGUGCAUUGAUUUGUGUUUUUCACUGAAAAUAAAGUGAGAUACGUUUUAAUUCCUAUUUCAAAGGAAUUUUUGUUCAUGGAGCAGAAUAAAAAUA